AUGGUCGCCAAACUCGUCCUCCCCGCUCUCUGCCUUUCAGUCUUCUACGCCAUCUUUUACUUUGGCGAGAUCAACGGCCUGCAUCGCCUUGCUUUGCAGUCCAUUGAGUCGAAAACCCUCCCUGGUAGCAACCAGCCUCUUCGCACGACCUACACAGGUGUUGAGAAGCUGGAUGAGCUGCUCACUGCGUUGACGGUCUUCUUCUGGCCUACUACGGAUGGGAACAAUGAAGCUCUUACUUUGCAUUCCCUUGGCUUUUCAGGGACAUUUGGUUCCGCCUGGGUCCUGGUAACUUUGGAAUCCUGGCGACGGGGGAAUAUCUGGACAUUACCCGCCUUUCCCGCGAUCUUUGGCUUGACAGCUCAAGUCCUCACCUUCGCUUUCGCAACCCCGCUCUACUGCUUCGUGCAGUUGCUCUCCUCCAUCAGCGUCCGCAAGCCCACGCCCGAUAAUAUCCGUAUCCCGCGCGCAGUCCUCAACGCGAUCCCUUUUGUCUUCAUCAUCGGCUACAUAGUCCCCUCGACGCUGAUGAUCCUCCCCGAAUCAGAGCAUGUUACUGCCGACCUUAAGCAGAUCUUCAUUGCUAUUUGGCAGCCCUGGCCCGCAUACGUCGCGAUUCUCUUAACUAUCGCGAAUGUCCUCUUUAGCCCAUUCGUCAGCAACGAUUAUUCUAUCGAAGGUGGCCGCGCCACUCUGCGCGCGCUCCGUCGCGUCUACGCGUUCGCGUUCGCGAACGCGGCCAUCUCCCAUCUUGUCUCAUGGAUUGUAUCCCUCGCCACGGUCGCGGCCCCUGCCCUAUUCGAGGAACGGUUCCGCACCACGCUCCAUCCGCUCAAUGUAUAUGAUAUCCCUCUGCCGUGGGCUUCCCCAGCCCUGCAGGUCCAAAGUGUCGGGCAGGGUGUUCACGCGUUCCUGCGAUGGGACUAUCUGAUAGGGUCAGCUGGAGUUUUGGUCUGGGCCAUUAGUCUAUAUAAGUCGGCUCAUCUGAGUGUGUAUGGAAAGGUGGGGUGGUUUGGACUGGUCGUGAAGACGGCGUUAUUGACCGUGUUUGCGGGCCCAGUGGGUACAGCGGUGGAGUUGAUUUGGGAGAGGGACGAGCUAGUGUUCAACGAGCUGGGUGGGUUGAAGAGGGAGGCGUCGAAGCAGAAGAAGACAUCGUAA